AUGACGGACACCCUUCUAGCCAGCACGACACCAGGCCAAAAGGAACCGUCGGAGGUCUCGCGCUCAGCUUCAGCACCGGGUGCAUUACCCAAAGGUCGCUCGCUCAUCCAUCCCUUUCCUCUUCCGCCAGCCAUCGCCAGCCCACUCGGCCGUUUGGCCAGGGUCGGAACGCAGGCCCACCCACGCUCCUCGUCUCGCGGGGCGCUGGCGGCACGAGCACAGGGCCACAGCAGCCUCGCCGGUUUUGGCGCAUGUCUGAUCGUCGCCGUCCGAGCUGCUGGGAUGGCACGCGCUGGCUGGCACGCAGUCCCGGGGGCGGCAUGGAGACAGAGAGGCUGGCCUGGAGCUGCCGACGACGGCUUGUCGCCAGAGUUAGCGAAAGUCGUCAGUCGCGAGAGCGCCGUCUCCGCGGGCGACUUUUGUUUCCCAAUAGUGUCACCACUUCUUUUGAUCCGCUGCCUCGACCCCCCCGAACCGUCCAACCGCCACGCAACAGCAGCGUCACUCUUGACCCCACCAAGCGGCCCGCUGAGGCCGAUUCUCGAAGCUCAUCAUCCACUGACGUUUGCUGCUCACAGACGCUGCUCCUCCUCUUCUCUAGCCUCUACCCACACCCUUCUCGCCUUGCCCACCCAGCAGCCUCCGUCUCGGCGCUGCGCUGGCCAAAGUCAGGCACAGGGGGGGAUAGCAAUAUUAUUAGAGCGCCGGCCCUGCCUGCCCUCGAGCCCCAACGGAAGCCGCUCCUCCAACAUCCUCCCGUCAUCCUACACGCUUUCCCGACCACCGUCCCGCCGAAAUAAUAGACACGGGCGCGGCACGACACACUUGGACAUCGUCGGCGACAAACGAGCGGCGCAUUUCCCAGCAUCGCCUCUUGACUCUUGGGCCGCCUGUAGCCUGCGUGGUGAGCUGCGACCAGGUCACGGCACCACCUCUCACGCCACAUCCCGCCCCGAGAGCCGCCUCGCGCGCCGCCGCCCCCGUCUCGACCAACGUCACGAUCCCGGUCUUCACCCUGCGAUACCUGACACCUUGCGCUGCGCUGUAGGGCCGCACACGACUUGCCUACGGCGCGACAACCCACGCCCUCGCUGCUCAUCAUCAUUGUUUGCUUUUGACCUCUCGCUCGAGCGACUGCAAGAUCCAGUCCGCAUUUUGCGCGCUCUCCACCGGUGA